AUGUCCGGUCAACGCGCCGAAUCCCUAAUGCAAGACUACGAAAAACGCCCCGACCCCGUCUCCCUCACCCAAAAUCCGGACCCAUCUAAGAACAGCUCCUCAGGCGUCGACUACGAGCCCCAUCCUGAGAAAUCUAUUGAACUAGAGCCAGAACGCCAGCGUAUCGUCCAGUCAAUAUGUAGUCUCUACUCCGGUAGCGCAAAUGAGCAGGACAUGCAAGUUUACGCUGAGGAGUCUGUUUACGAUGACCCGUGGAGUUUUUGUGAUACGAGGUAUAAAAUUGCGGGACAGUGGUAUGGGAUUCCCAAAAUAAUGGCUUCCUCCAAGACCAUCAAAACUGAGGUGGUAUCCUCUAAGCCUGACGAAAUCAUCUUCAAGCUACAGCAAGAGUACACGCCCAAACCGAUGCCUGUGCCCAAGAAAGUAAAUUCUCUGGUCACGCUUACGCUGGAUCAGCACAAUAAAGUCAAGUAUCACAAGGAUAUGUGGAACGAGAAGGAUUACAGCCAUGAAGGGUUGGGGAAGGUGAUGAAGACCCUGAAUGGGGAUUAUCUGACUAAGAUUACCAAGCCGCCGGAGAGCUUAGGACCGAAGGAGUGA